UUCGGUUGAGUGGUUGGUUUGGGGCUGGGAUAGGUAGGACUCGAUCGGGUCCAAAAUCUAAGGUGAACCUCUCACCUUAUCCAAACAGCUGCUGAAGAAAAGAGGGUAAGAUAUGAGUGAUGCUUGAGCUCUCUCUUCUCCCAUUUCCCUGCAGGACCAAAAAUUAAGGCCAAAUGAGUAAGGCAUUAACAAUAUUCCCCUCCUCAACCAUUUCUGGUGUUGCUUUCUUAUCAAGAUCAUAUCCAUCCUUGCCAAUUCCCACCUCCACCAUUACCACUGCUAAACCGACCAAAAUCCAAGCCAAGCUGGGUGGAGGAGAUGGAGAGGCAAAGCGGGCCGAGAAGAAGAAAUUUAUUACUAAAGAGCAAGAACCAGAGCAGUAUUGGCAAACAGCAGGAGAGAGAGAAGGGGAGAACCCCAUGAAGACGCCGCUACCCUACAUCAUCAUAUUCGGAAUGUCGACUCCCUUCGUCAUCCUCGCGGUCGCUUUUGCCAAUGGCUGGAUCAAGAUGCCUGUCAGAUGAGCUGAGCUCAGAAGAAGAACUUCACCAAUUAACGUGACGGCGUCUUCAUAUGUAUGUAUUAUUCUUUUUCUUGAGUGAUUAAAGUUUUUUUUCCUGUGUGUGUGGUUGGCUGGACAUCAAAGUGCUUGUGCUGGUUAAUUUGUUUAAAUUAUAUAUAGUUUAAACAACAUAAUGAGCAUGACUUUUUGUUUAGUUAUUAAGAUAAUAUUCCAAUUA